GAGCGGACGCGGGCCGUUUGAGUUUAAAUUCUUGAGUGCUGCUGAGUGGAGUAACAGUCUGAGGACAGGCAUAAGAAAGCAAAAUACACGAAACCAGGCGGCUAGAAGUCGACGUUAUCAUUCUACAAAGAACAACCGCGUUACUACUUGUUAAAUAUUUGAAAAGAUAAAAUGUCGAAAAAACAAAUUUACUACUCUGACAAAUACACGGAUGAAGAAUAUGAGUACAGACACGUCAUGCUGCCGAAGCAGUUGUCCAAACUGGUACCCACCUCCCACCUGAUGUCCGAGGAGGAGUGGAGGGGCCUAGGUGUACAGCAGAGUCAGGGCUGGAUCCACUACAUGAUUCAUAAGCCAGAGCCGCAUAUACUGCUGUUCCGGAGGCCUCUCCCAAAGGAAUGAGAACGAAACUGAAGACUCGGGUCAAAAAAAAACUAAACAAACAAACAAACAAACAAAAAACUAUAUCUCAACAGAACUGCACUUGUGUACAGGCCGCGUGUGGUUGUACAUGUUUGACUCAUGCGACACUCAUUACUCGUAGUCCUCUUCCAAAUCUUACCACGUGUGUCUAUUUAUAAUGAAUACGUUAUAUAGAGGCAGCCUCGGGGUCACAAUGAAAGAUGCACGACGCAACCCACCUCCCCAAAAGAAGGCUAAAAUGCCCCACAACCUGGAAGUAUAGAGCAACAAAGCAGUAUUUCAUUGGCCGUGCAAAAUACACAUUUUCCCAAGAAAUGUAUAUUUUGAUGUAAAAAUUUGCUGCUUGGAUUAAUUGUUGUAUUGUUCGAGACCCCGAAACAUGACCGUUGGACCCUGUCUGAACCAGAAGACUUUUGGUCGUUGGCUGCUAUGAAGAGUGUUUUUUUGUUGUUGUUUUUUUUUGUUUUUGAUUGGUGGAAAUUGCUGGUGUAUGUGUUAAUUAUAUUUUUUGCCAUUGCCGUUGUUACUAGGCCAGUGCAUAUAUACCUGAUAUUUCUGCUUAAAAACCGUACUGAAGUUCAUAUGAUAGAUGUUCAUAGUUCAGUGUUUGCGUUUUCAGUUUUAAAUGCUGUAAACAGGAUGUCUAUAGUUUUUCUUUCGGUGAAAUCUUGCUGAAGCUGAUUUCCAUGGAAUUUAAGUCAUGAGGACAAUGUAUUAAAGUUCACCAUUACAUGCUUGAUGUGUAAGCUUUGAGGUCACAUGCAUGAAUGAUUAAAACGAUAGCUAUAUACCGUCUCAACAGUCCAAAUUCUGCCGUAUGCUAUUGUCUGUUCAAAGUGUGCUGUCCAACACUAUAUAUCGUAGACUUCCAGCUCAGUUUAGUGAAAUAUUCACCAACAAGUUGCAUGUGUGUAAACGGACGUGUAACAAAUGAAACAGACAGGGCGUGUCCGGUUUCUCUUGGUAAAUUAAAACUUGCACAUCUUUGAAUCGGAAGAACCGCAUGUACCGAUGAGCAUCUGAAUAGCCGGAGGUGUUCUCCCCCCUAAACUUCAAAGAUUCCAAAGCCGUUUUUAAACGGCCAGAAUUAGUUUGUAUAUUCCGAGUUGGUUUUCUUUUUUUAAUCUUUCUUUUUAAUCUUUCCAAAGAACAGCACCUUUUUAGUAAUCAUACAGACUUUUAGCUGCAAACCAGUUCCUUGUACAUUUUUAGAUUUGUUUUUGUAUUGUCCCACUGCUGUAAAUUCCUGUCUUAUUUCUGUGUGUAUUUUUGUAUUUUACGUUUGAGUGUGGAAAGUGGAGGUGCUCUACAUUGCUGUGGCUAAUGCUCUUUCAGUCUGCCGUGUACAGUGCAUUUUAUGACUGCUUUUCUGUUCCCUGAUGUGGAAUCCUAAAGUAAAGGUCAAAGGUCAGAAAAACGA